AUGGACGUUCCCAAAUUAGUUUAUUAUCACCAGCAGCGUCAGGAAAACACUACCUGGUGUCUAACGCACGAUAUUGUUCGUGAAAUACAUAAAGUGAGACAGGACGUAUUAACAACCCUUCUCACCAAUCACCACAACGCCACGACGUACAUCCAAGUCGAGCGUAAGGCAACAGCGAAGACAUCCCAUAGAGCGGAGUCAUCGGACGAACGAGUCAAUCAUCAUUCCAUUUGGAUACCACCCUGGUGGACAAGUCCCGUUUGGACAACACCCACGCAAGGAAACAAAGUCAUCAACCUUCCCGAUGCCAAGCAUCGGACGACUAACAUCGCUGCAUAUCCCGUUGGAGAGCAGUCAUCUCAGCAUCAUCCAGAAUCAUUGAAUACGAAGACAACAUUCAACCCAAAGGAGAGCUGCAAGGUCAACAUACCCCGCGGAGUAAACAAGGCAAAUGUAUCACGCCUAAUUAAACAUUUGAAUGAACAUGCACAAUUAAGUCUAGAAGCAUUAGAGACACGUAAAGGUAAAUUAGAAGAAUACUAUCAAGCCUUUACAAAGGUACAAUCCGAAAUUGAAGAUCUUGCAGAAGAAGUGUCGCUUGAUGCAGAUCAAGAUUUAGAACGGGAACAAUUUGAUGAAAUUUACUAUGAAUGCUCUGAUCUAAUUAGUCACAAACUUCGCGAGUUACAUCCGAUUAAUAAUCAGUCUACGGCUGACAUCAGUCAGGCUACAUCAACUGCGAGUAAUUCAAAGGUCAUUAUUCAACAAAAUACAUUAUUACCCAAGAUUGAAAUUCGUCCAUUUGACGGUAAUCCCAUUGAGUGGCACAGCUUCCAUGACACGUUUCAGUCAUUGGUACACACUGAUGCUCAAAUUCCCGCGGUUCAGAAGUUUUACUUAUUAAAAAAUUCACUUCGCGGUAGCGUAGCCACAAUAAUCGAAUCUUUGAAUGCGUCCGAAGAAAACUAUUUGGUAGCUUGGGAAAUGCUCAAACAACGAUGCGAUAAACCCCGGCAAAUAAUACAAACACACAUCAAACUGCUUUUAGAAUUGCCCGAGAUUAGUAAAGAUUCACCUCUUGGUCUGCGAACACUAAAAGAAAAGGCAUUAAUGCAUGUUAAUGCAUUAAAGGCUCUUCAAGUACCAGUAGAUAGUUGGGAUGCCAUUUUAAUCUACAUUAUUAUUCAAAAACUCGAUAAAGCAACGCGACGAACUUGGGAACGGUCUCUUGAUAAUGCUCAAAUGCCAAAAUUCAAUGAACUAAUUGCCUUUUUAAAUAAACAAGAGCGGGGAGAUGAAAUUGAAGAAUGUAGCACCGCGAAAUAUAAGUACAACAAUCCUACAAUCACUAAUAGAGGCACAAAUCGAAUAGAGAAGCUAUCGGGAGCUCGCGGACAGGCGUACGUAAACAGACGGGCUCUUACAAUCCCUCAUAAUAUAACUUUAGCGGAUCCUGAAUUCGAUAAACCGGCAGAAAUCGACGCGUUGAUCGGAACAACAUUGUUUUAUAAAUUACUCAGCAUCGGGCAAAUUAGCCUAUCCAAUAAUGCAAACGCAGUAUUACAAAAAACCUUGUUAGGAUGGAUUGUUGCUGGUGAGGUCGGCAACCCCGAAAGGGUAGCGAUAACUAAGUCGUGCCAUUUAAUAACCGCAGUAGACAAACAAUUGACGCGAUUCUGGGAGGUGGAAGAGGUACCAACAAACAAGCACCUUUCAAACGAAGAAUUAACAUGUGAAAGAUUCUACGUUGAUUCUACUAUUCGUGGAUCUGAUGGAAGAUAUACUGUACGUCUACCAUUCAAUGAUCAAAAAGGGAUGUUGGGCGAUUCUUAUAAAAUGGCGCUGCGUAGGUUCUAUUCAUUGGAACAAAAAUUGGCGAAAGAUAGAAUACUCAAGCAACAAUAUUCAGAAUUUUUACGGGAAUAUCAUGAUCUCGGACACAUGAAAGAAAUUACUCGGGACAACGUCAAAUUUGAAGGCUACUAUAUACCACAUCACGCGGUGGUAAAGGAGGCAAACUUAUCAACUAAGGUGCGGGUAGUCUUUGAUGCAUCAGCCAAAAGUACGACAAAUAUCGCGUUAAAUGAUACAUUAAUGGUUGGUCCCACCAUUCAACGGGAAUUAGUAUUCACAAUAAUGAAAUUCCGACUACACAAUGUCGUACUUGCAGCUGACGUGCAAAAAAUGUAUCGACAAGUCAAGGUCAAUAAUUAUGAUGCGGUCUAUCAAAAGAUUUUAUGGCGAGAUAAUGAGCAUGACGCUCUGCGCGUAUUUAAAUUAACCACGGUUACACAAGGUACGGCACCAGCACCAUUUUUAGCGACCAGAACACUACAACAAUUAGCAGAAGACGAGAGCAAACACUUUCCAUUAGCAGCUGUUAGUUUAAAAAACGAUUUUUAUGUCGAUGACUUGCUCACCGGCACAUCUUCGGUUGAAAGGGCGGUAGAAUUAAAAAAUCAAUUAAUUAAGCUAUUAAGGCGCGGAGGAUUCGAAUUUCAUAAAUGGGCAUCGAAUAAACAUGAACUAGCGGUAGAGUCCAACAACGAUAAUCAUGUGCAAAAUGUUUGUUUAAACACUAACGAUCAAACUAGAAAAUUAUUAGGAAUUUAUUGGGACUCGAUCGAGGAUACGAUAAUGUAUGUCAUUAAACCAUUUGAUAAGGAUGAGCGCCCCACAAAACGGUCUAUACUCUCACAAAUUGCUCAUUUGUUUGACCCGCUAGGAUUAUUAGGACCAGUGAUUAUUCUAGCAAAACUCAUAAUGCAGGAAUUGUGGAAGGCUAAUCUAAACUGGGACGAAUCAAUACCACAAUCACUACACAAAAAAUGGACAAAUCUUAAAGAAGCAUUACCAACUCUUAGUCAAUUCAAGGUAGUACGGCAAAUCGCGUUAGCUGAUGUCGUUAGUUACCAGUUGCAUGGCUUUUGCGACGCCAGUGAACAAGCGUAUGGCGCGUGUAUUUAUUUACGUUCAAUAGAUAAGUUCAACAAAUGUUCAGUGCAGUUAGUUUGUGCAAAAUCUCGAGUUGCUCCAGUCAAAACAAUAACCGUUCCGCGAUUAGAAUUGUGCGCGGCACAUUUGUUAACAAAAUUGUUAAAAGCCGUGUCUGAAGCAUUGCAGAUUAGUUAUGACAAAAUUAAACUAUGGUCGGAUUCCACAAUCACACUUCAUUGGAUUAAAGCAUCUCCUCAUACUCUAAAAACAUUCGUUGCAAACCGAGUAGCGGAAAUCCAAGCAAACAGCAAUCCUGAUGACUGGAACCAUAUAGCUACGGAUGAAAAUCCCGCUGACUAUAUCUCUCGUGGUCAAGCUCCCGUCAAAUUCUUAUCCAACACGCAUUGGUUGCAUGGACCUGCGUGGCUUUCGCAAGAUGAAAGUAGAUGGAACAUCAAGGAGUUAUCGUCUAUAACGGUCCCUGAUCAACGAAUUACAACAACCCUUACGGUUACCGGACAAGUUACUGAGAGUCCAGGGCGAGCAGAGCAAGACAACACAGAAGGCAAUGAUACAUUCGAGCGAUUUUCAUCCAUUCAUAAAUUAAAUCGGUUCGUUGCUCUUUGUCGUAGAGCCAUCGCAAAUAGAAAAUUAGAAAACAAGGUAAAGGGGAACUAUUCGGUAGAAGAGUUACAGAACGCACAUCAUCAAAUUAUUAGAGUAGUACAACAAAAAUCUUUUUCGCGAGAUAUACAACGAUUAAAGGAGGGACGGGAAGUGCAUCCAAAGAGUGAACUUCUAUGUUUAACUCCGUUUUUAGAUGUUGAUGGUAUUAUACGGGUGGGAGGUAGACUUACACAUGCAGCAAUUAGUUACUCACGAAAAUACCCAAUUGUACUGCCACGAAAUCAUCACAUAACAAAAUUGAUAAUAUCAAAGGAGCACAUAAGAAAUUGGCACGCAGGCAUGCAGGCUACGUUAAAUUCAGUUAGGAACAAUUAUUGGCCAAUUGACGGUAAAAAUAGCACUAGACACAUUAUUCGUAAAUGCAUACGCUGUCAUAGGGUGAACCCCAAGCUACCAAUAUACGUAAUGGGUGACCUGCCCAAGAAUCGAGUUAUACAAUCGCGUCCAUUUGAAUGCGUAGGACUUGACUAUUGUGGUCCGUUCUUGUUGAAAGAGAAGAAGUUUCGAAAUAAGGGAAAAUUGAAAGCGUACGUAGCAAUAUUUGUAUGUUUUGCAACUAGAGCUGUUCACAUGGAACUUGUGACAGAUCUGACGACUGAUACGUGUUUGGAAGCUGUCAAACGUUUUUGUGCUAGGAGGGGAAAGCCCAAUCAUAUAUAUUCCGAUAAUGCCACCAACUUCGUCGGUGCUAAAAACGAAAUUUUAAAGAUCAGAGCAUUCUUUCUAUCGGAAGAAAAUCAAUCAACAUUAACACACAGUCUCUUGAAUGAUGAAAUUAAUUGGCACUUCAUUCCACCCCGCUCUCCUCAUUUCGGAGGCUUGUGGGAAGCGGCUGUCAAGUCAUUUAAACAACACUUAUAUCGCACUGUGGGUGAUGCAAUGUUCACAUAUGAACAAUUUAAUACAUUCAUAAUUGAAAUAGAAUCAAUAUUGAACUCCAGACCCUUAACAUCCAUUUCCAGUGAUCCCAAUGACCUCACUGCCUUAACUCCAGCACACUUCCUAAUUGGAGGAUCUCUUAUUAACAUACCGGAAAUCGACCUGCGGAGUGUGCCAACCAAUAGACUGUCAAUAUGGCAGCACAUACAUAAGCUGAAGCAGCAUUUCUGGCAACGAUGGCACAAAGAGUAUUUAAAUGAAUUACGUACUCGAAAGAAGUGGCACCUAGGAAAUGGCACAGAAAUCACUGUCGGCAAGAUGGUGACCAUAAAAGAAGACAACCUUCCACCGAUGCAUUGGAGCAUCGGGCGCAUCAUCGCGGUCCAUUCAGGAACAGACAAUGUAGUGCGUGUCGCGACGGUAAAAACACCAACAGGAGUGUAUAAGCGUUCUAUUACCAAACUCGCGCCACUACCAAUAGACAAUCCAACAGACAAUGCGUCGAUACUACCAUAA